UUUCCCUUUCCAGGUCUGACUUCUCAGAGGAUGAGGCGGUCUGCGUUCUUUGGUUGGGCUGCGGUUGCCGGGUGACCGGUCACUGCUGGGACCAUGUGAGUGCGAGCUGCUUCGACAACUGGUUAGUUUGCGACGCUGUGGGUGACCUUCGAACGGACAGGGUCAGUGGGUGGAAAGUUGUGUGCUCUGUGACGAGGCGCCGCCGCCGCCGCCGCGGUCCUUCUGAAGGAGCAGCGAACCCGGUGGUCAGCUGGGCCCGCAAGGCCGAAGCCCGAGCUGGGCUGAGGGUUCCGGGUCGCGGCCAGCGCGCGCUGGCAGGUGGCGGGAUCUGGUCUGGCCUCUCCCAGAGUAUCAGAAUGGCAGAAACGACUUCACCAUUGAAGCAUUUUGUGCUGGCAAAGAAGGCAAUUACUGCAAUCUUUGGCCAGUUACUGGAGUUUGUUACUGAAGGAUCAUAUUUUGUUGAAGCAACAUAUAGGAAUCCUGAACUUGAUAGAAUAGCCACUGAGGAUGAUCUGGUAGAAAUACAGGGCUAUAAAAACAAGCUUUCUAUCAUCGGCGAAGUUCUAUCUCGGAGACACAUGAAAGUGGCAUUUUUUGGCAGGACAAGCAGUGGAAAAAGCUCUGUUAUCAAUGCAAUGUUAUGGGAUAAAGUUCUACCAAGUGGAAUUGGCCAUACAACCAAUUGCUUCCUGAGCGUUGAAGGAACUGAUGGAGAUAAAGCCUAUCUUAUGACAGAAGGAUCAGAUGAAAAGAAGAGUGUGAAGACAGUUAAUCAGCUGGCCCAUGCUCUCCAUAUGGACAAAGAUUUGAAAGCUGGCUGUCUUGUACAUGUCUUUUGGCCAAAAGCAAAAUGUGCCCUCCUGAGAGAUGACCUGGUUUUGGUAGACAGUCCAGGCACAGAUGUCACUACAGAGCUGGAUAGCUGGAUUGAUAAAUUUUGCCUAGAUGCUGAUGUCUUCGUUUUGGUUGCAAACUCUGAAUCAACACUAAUGAACACGGAGAAACAUUUUUUUCACAAGGUGAAUGAGCGGCUUUCAAAGCCUAAUAUUUUCAUUCUGAAUAACCGUUGGGAUGCUUCUGCAUCAGAGCCAGAAUAUAUGGAAGAUGUACGCAGACAACAUAUGGAAAGAUGCCUGCAUUUCUUAGUAGAGGAGCUCAAAGUUGUUAGUCCUUCAGAAGCACGGAAUCGUAUCUUCUUUGUUUCAGCAAAGGAAGUUCUUAGUGCUAGAAAACACAAAGUACAAGGAAUGCCAGAAGGUGGUGGGGCACUUGCUGAAGGAUUUCAGGCAAGAUUACAGGAGUUUCAGAAUUUUGAACAAAUUUUUGAGGAGUGUAUCUCGCAGUCAGCAGUGAAAACAAAGUUUGAACAGCACACUAUCAGAGCUAAACAGAUACUAGAUACUGUGAAAAACAUAAUGGAUUCAAUAAACGUGGCAGCAGCAGAGAAAAGGGUUUAUUCAAUGGAAGAGAGGGAAGACCAGAUUGAUAGAUUGGACUUUAUCCGGAAUCAGAUGAACCUUUUAACAUUAGAUGUUAAGAAAAAAAUAAAGGAAGUUACUGAAGAGGUGGCAAACAAGGUUUCUUGUGCAAUGACAGAUGAAAUUUGUCGAUUGUCGGUAUUGGUUGAUGAAUUUUGUUCUGAGUUUCAUCCUACUCCAAGUGUAUUGAAAGUGUAUAAAAGUGAAUUAAAUAAGCACAUAGAAGAUGGUAUGGGAAGAAAUUUAGCAGAUCGGUGUACCAGUGAAGUCAAUGCUUCAAUGCUUCAAUCCCAGCAAGAAAUUAUUGAAAAUUUGAAACCAUUACUUCCAGCUGGCAUACAAAAUAAGCUUCAUACACUGAUCCCUUGCAAGAAGUUUGAUCUCAGUUAUGACUUAAAUUGCCACAAGUUAUGUUCAGAUUUUCAAGAGGAUAUUGUAUUUCAUUUUUCCCUGGGCUGGUCUUCCCUUGUUUACCGAUUCUUGGGCCCUACAAAUGCUCAGAGGGUGCUGCUUGGAUUGUCAGAGCCGAUAUUUCAGCUUCCUAGAUCUUUAGCUUCAACUCCCACUGCUCCUGCCAAUCCAGGAACAGCAGACAAUGCAGCACAAGAGGAGCUCAUGAUCACCUUAAUAACAGGAUUAGCUUCUCUUACAUCUAGAACUUCUGUGGGAAUCAUAGUUGUUGGAGGAGUGAUUUGGAAAACUAUAGGCUGGAAACUCAUAUCUGUUUCACUAAGCAUGUAUGGAGCUUUGUAUCUUUAUGAGAGGCUGACAUGGACUACCCGUGCCAAGGAGAGAGCCUUUAAACAGCAGUUUGUGAACUAUGCAACUGAAAAACUACAGAUGAUAGUUAGCUUCACCAGUGCAAACUGCAGCCACCAAGUACAGCAAGAAAUGGCCACUACUUUUGCCCGCCUGUGCCAACAAGUUGAUAUUACCCAAAGACAUCUGGAAGAAGAAAUUGCAAGAUUAUCCAAAGAAAUAGAUCAGUUGGAAAAAAUACAAAACAAUUCAAAGUACUUAAGAAACAAAGCUGUUCAACUUGAAAAUGAGCUGGAAAAUUUUACUAAGCAGUUUCUACAUUCAUGCAAUGAAGAAUCUUAAUAGAAGAAAUUGUUUGGUGACUAUCCUAAGAGGAAACGGGACUAGAAGAUUGAGAAAGUUUUGGGGAUUUUUGUGUUUGUUUGUUUUUUUUUGAAUGAAGUAAUCAGUAUGGAUUAUACUAACCAAAUAGCAAAUCUCUGUAUAGAUUUUAGAAAUGAUCUCAGAGUGUUUGCACAUUUUCAAAGGUGUUAUAUGUUCUUAGUUUUAAUUUGGGACAAAAACUAAAUUGUUUGUGUUAAAUGAUUAAUUAGUUAAAGGCAACAGAACCAACUAUGUGACCCCUGAGGGGUGGGUCCUUGAGCUCUUAGUUAGGGCUUUGUUUUUGAUUCUGAAAAACUCUGCUUCCUGGCAUCCAGGAGUUAGAGAAUCAUCUUUUCAUCUUCUCAAAACUAGUUUUUGAUGCCUUCUUUAAUGGAAAUAGGAAGUUUCUUAUGUAUUACAAGUUGCAUUGCUCUAACCACCAGAGAGUGUAGAAUGUUCUUUAGUGUACUAUUUAUACAAGUUACAAGCAUUUUGCCAUCAUGGCAAGUAUGUAAACCCCUAAUAUGCUGUUUUUAGCCUUUUAUUCCCAUUAAAACUGAUAUAACACAGUA